AUGAAUUCUUCAACGUUCUUUUUUCGUUCCCAAUGUCUAAAGAAUUUCGGUGCUCAUCGUAACAUUCAUUGUCUGCGAUUCAUGAAAAAAAGAAGUUUUAGCAUAAGUGGUUUCACGUGCCACGAAAAUCCCUUGGGAAUUCUACAAACACCGAAAAAGCCUGAUGGGAUAAAAAAAGGAACAUCGCCAACGGAUAGAACGAGAGUGGAAUCCAAUAUGCGACGUGGAUUGCCUACAAAGCGAGGGAUUGUUGGCGUCAAACAUGUGAUCGCUGUUGCUUCUGGAAAGGGUGGGGUUGGGAAAUCCACAUUGGCCGUUAACCUUGCAUUAGCAGUAGCAUCAUUUCGAAAGCACGUGGGCAUUUUGGAUGCAGAUAUCUUUGGGCCAUCGAUACCUCGUCUGAUGAAUCUAAAAGGUGAACCACAGGUACAUGAAAAAGAUAACAAUCUAAUGCCUUUGGUAAAUUUCGGAGUGAAGGCGAUGUCAAUAGGAUUCAUGAUUGGAGAUGAUGCACCCGUGGUGUGGAGGGGACUCAUGGUAUACUGGGGAGAACUUGAUUUGCUGGUAAUUGAUAUGCCCCCGGGAACAGGAGAUACCCAAUUAACCAUCAGUCAACAAGUCAUACUAGAUGGUGUGGUGAUAGUAUCAACUCCCCAGGACAUUGCACUCAUUGAUGCUAGGAAGGGUGUUAACAUGUUCAAGAAGGUUGAUGUUCCGAUCUUAGGAAUGGUACAAAAUAUGUCGCUUUUCGUGUGUCCAAAUUGUCAGCACAAAACACAUAUAUUUGGUAAUGACGGGGUAAUAGAAACGUCUAAAGAAAUGGAUACAGAUUAUCUCGGCGACAUCCCAUUAGAUGCAAGCAUAUGUGAAUUAUCAGAUUUGGGUACACCAAUUGUUGUGGCCAGAUCCGACAGUUACAAUGCAGAAUGUUAUAAAGAUAUCGCGAGGAAGGUUAUGAAUAAAGUUGGGAUAAAGUUUGAUUAG